GUCAUUUCAUUUUUGGCUGCAGUGUUGCACAAAAAGGGAACACGUGAAGAUAUCGAAAAUAAUAUGCCAGAAUUUUUACUGAGAACAAUGAAAAAGGAUUCAAAUUGUAAUCCCAAGAAGACUUUCCUCAUCGUGGCCCCUCUGUCAGUGCUGUAUAACUGGAAGGAUGAGUUAGACACAUGGGGAUACUUUAAGGUCUGUGUCUUACAUGGCAGUAAAAAAGAUGAUGACAUGAGUCGCAUCAAGCAAGGGAAAUAUGAAGUUGCUCUUACAACAUAUGAGGUACUUCGCCUGUAUUUGGAUGAAUUUAACAGUGUAGAAUGGUCUGCUGUGAUCGUGGAUGAAGCACACAGAAUCAAGAAUCCAAAAGCUCAAAUAACGCAAACCAUGAAGUCAUUAAAAUGCAAUGUUCGCAUAGGUCUCACUGGAACCAUUCUUCAAAACAAUAUGAAGGAACUUUGGUGUGUUAUGGACUGGGCUGUACCAGGACUUUUAGGCAGCAGAGUACACUUCAAGAAGACAUUUUCUGAUCCAGUGGAGCAUGGCCAGAGGCACACUGCAACUAAAAGAGAGCUGGCAACAGGUCGUAAGGCCAUGGUGAAGCUAGCAAGAAAAAUGUCUGGCUGGUUUCUGAGACGUACCAAAGCACUUAUCAGUGAUCAGCUGCCAAAAAAGGAAGACAGAAUGGUGUAUUGUUCCCUGACCGAAUUCCAGAAAGCAGUGUACCAGGCUGUGCUGGAGACAGAUGAUGUAACUUUAGUGUUGCGAGCAGGAGAGCCUUGUAGCUGCAACAGUGGCCGCAAAAGGAAGAACUGUUGUUACAAAGUAAACGCACAUGGUGAAACAAUUAAGUCGCUGCGCUUCAGUUACCUAACAAUUCUUCAGAAGGUUGCAAAUCAUGCUGCACUGCUGCAGACAGACAACACUAGCAAGCAACAGGAAGCACAUAUCAAACGUGUUUGCAGCCAGGUAUUUUCCAGUUUUCCAGAUUUUGUGCAGUUAAGCAAAGAUGCAGCUUUUGAAACAAUUUCAGAUCCGAAAUACAGUGGAAAAAUGAAGGUCCUUCAGCAGCUUUUAAAUCACUUCCGAAAAAAUAAGGAUAAAGUUCUUCUUUUCUCCUUUUCCACGAAGCUGUUAGAUGUGCUGGAACAGUACUGCAUGGCAUCUGGGCUUGAUUACCGGAGACUUGAUGGAAAUACAAAAUCAGAAGAUAGGAUCAGAAUUGUGAGGGAGUUCAACGGCAUUCAAGCAAUUAACAUAUGUCUUGUAUCUACAAUGGCUGGUGGACUGGGUCUUAAUUUUGUUGGUGCCAAUGUUGUUAUACUGUUUGAUCCUACAUGGAAUCCAGCAAAUGAUCUUCAAGCAAUUGACAGAGCUUAUAGAAUUGGCCAGUACAGAGCUGUUAAAGUGUUUAGAUUGAUCUCCUUGGGAACUGUGGAAGAGAUGAUGUAUUUGCGACAAGUUUAUAAACAGCAACUUCACUGUGCGGUGGUUGGAAGUGAAAAUGCCAAGCGGUAUUUCGAGGCAGUGCAAGGAUCAAAGGAACAUCAAGGAGAGCUUUUUGGGAUUCAUAACCUUUUCAAACUUAGGACUCAGGGGUCCUGUCUUACCAAAGACAUCCUGGAGAGGGAAGGUCGAGUAGAAGCAGGAGUCAUGACAGCAAGUACAUGGCUAAAGGAAGAGAACCCUCCAUGCAGCUCAGAAAAGUAUGAGCAACCAGACUGUAAAGAAGAUGGAGAUCCCCGAAGCAUUCAGGCACAAUUAAAGAGAGAAGAACCAGAUUUUUGGGAUGACUUUAGUGAUGAUGAUAGUCUGGAAACUUCUGUGAAAAAAUAUGACAGAAGGAAGCCUUGCAAUGCAAGUAAUUUAAUGAAGGGACAGCUUUCAUUAUUGCAAUAUGGAUUCUCUAAGUUACUGCAGAGAGAAAUUGAAACUACCAGCGAAGGGGAUGAUAACUAUAACUCCCAUCACUCAAGUUCUGAUGAUGAGACUGUAAGAACAAAUGUAAAUAGCAAGCACAGUGAUUUUCAGAAAUGUCAAAGCCUUGUGCCUGUUUUGGAGCAUGGAAAAGCUCUUCUGUCACCAGAUAGAACUGAUAAACAAGAUAAGUCCAGUACAGGCUGGCUUGUUUUGUCAGAUUCCGAGGAAGAAGGCAACAGAGAAAGUGAGGAUCAAGGCAUUUCAAAGCCAUGUGAUAUAGUAAUGGAAACUGAAAGUAGUUCUGAAGAGGAUGAUGUAAUCUUUCCUAUCCAGGCUCGAACAUGCCAGCAACCAGUGCUUACUAAAAAAGUUGAAAUACAAAGGUCAACAUCUGAAAACUGCAAACGGUUAGCAAAAAGAAAAGAUGGGUUUGUAUGCAACGGAGACAGUAGACAAAUUGAAUUGCACAGUGCUGAGUCAAAUUUCAGCAGUGUCAUGUCUCAUGAAGACAUGAAGAAUAGCAGAGACUUGGAAGGAGAAAGUGACAUAAGUGAUGAAUCUGAUGAUAUUGAAGUUUCCCAUAGUUCUGAAUCAAGAAAACUAGGAACUUUUAGCUCUCCAAAACUGAAGGAAAGAUGUACCCUUAAUAAUGAACUAAAUAAUGUCUCCAAACAAGAAAAGAAGCCAAAUAGAAAAGAAAAGGAAGGUGAUUCUCAGAACAUAGAUGAAUUUUCAUCCUCUGAAGAUAGCCCUCCAGUUGAGAAAAUUCAUGCCAGAAAGCAAAGCUGUAAGUGUAAAAAACUGAGAGGCAGAGGUCGAUUUGGGUCUAAAAUGCUGCAUCUUAUUCAAGAUACCUCUGUUGCACAAAUGAAGGCUAGCAAUUAUGCUGUGCAUAGAACUUCUUCAAGUAAACCUGAAUUUGACCACCAAGACCAAAAAAUUGAAUCAAUGGACAGAUAUUUAGAUGGUGUUCAAGAAGUGGCUUAUAUUCAUUCAAAUCAGAAUGUGGUCGGAUCCAGCAAGGCUGAGAAUCACUUGAGCCGGUGGGCAGUGCGAGAUGUAUUUGAGUUGAAGCAGUUUUCCCAGCUCCCUGCUAAUGUAGCUGUCUGUAGUGCCAAGGUAAAGAAAAAUAAGAAGGCAAGGCAAGAAAUGUUGAACAGGAAAAAGGGAAGGCAAGAAAUGCUGACUAACAUUAAGCAACAUCAUCUGUAUGUUAUGCAUCCUGUGACCCAGAGAAACAAAAAAAUACACAGAGUUGGUUCAUCCACCUUCUUGAUUGGAAAAACACCCAAAGAAAUACGCAGGAGACAAUUUGAGGAGAUGGUAUCCCAUUUUAAUAUGGGAUCAGUGAAAGACCUUGCAGAACAUAUUGCUAAAGCUACUUCAGAAACAAGGCAGAAGAUGUUGAAGGAAUUUUAUGUUUCCAAGCAUCCAGAGAUGGAGUCUUUCUUCUCAGUUGAAAUACCAGCACAAGCUUCACAUGACUAUGAGGAAAGAGAGCUGGGUACAACACAAUCCAGAAAAAGAAAAUCCAUUGUUCAUUUUGGAAGAUCUAAGUCUAGACCUUCCUUAGCAAAAGGACUACUUCAGAGUGGAACGACAGAAACACAGAGCCAGCAGGGCCAUAAAGGAGGCCAUAAAGGAGGAGAGCAGCUUCACACUGACUCCUGCUUGCAAGAUGUGUUUGUUGAUGCAAAAUAUAAACAAUCACCCACUACUCAGCAUAUUGAAAGGAGAAACAGUCAGGCAUUCAAGGAUUUUAUGACAACUGGCUCAGUAAGCAGUAAAUCAGAAAUAAUUGAGGUGCUGCCUGUAAAAAGUCAUGAAGGACAGCAGGACUCAGAAGGAACACAGCUGCAAAGAAAAAGAUCCCUGUCUCAACCAGAAAAUGGGGAGAGAAAAGCUCAGACUUGCAAGAAAAAGUCUUUUGUGGACUUACUUGGAGAUACCUCUAUUCUCAACGAUCUCUUCAGAAAUGAUGAAAGUGGGCCUACAGGACCACCAAGGAGAUUGACUUCAGGACAAAUAGAAAAAUCAAAAGAGAGACCAAAAGAUUUCUGGGACAUACUGAAUGAGCAGAAUGAUGAGAGCCUCCGAAAGCUCACGGAUGUAACAGUCGUAGAGAAGCUAUGUGAAAAAGCACCUCAUUGCACAGUGACAAAAGAGAGAGAAGUGUGUGAAAGUUCUCUUUGGAAGAAAAAUGAAAGUUUUCUAUGGAAAAAAUACAGUGCAGAUGAUUCAGAUGAACCGUCCACUGCUACAUCUUGUAAUGCAGUAGAAUGA